UACGAGGAAGCCAGCUGGAAGGGAGUACCAUAUACCCGGUUUAUGCUCUUAGGAGAGAUUGUUAUGCGUCAGGGAAGGGCUAAGGAGGCGGAGUUGAUCUUCCGCAGGGUUCUGGAGGAUUUGGAAAAGUCAUUGCCAGAAAACCACCCCGAGUCUUUGCGGGCCAUUGGCAACCUGGCUAGUGUAUUGCGGGACCAGGGGAGGUUCGAAGAAUCCAACGUCAUGAAUCGACGGGCAGUAGAGGGGUACGAGAAGGCUUUGGGCCCCGACCACCCGGACACAUUACGGGUUGCCAACAACCUAGCCACAGUUCUACAGUAUCAAGGCAAAUAUGACGAAUCAGAGACGAUGUGCAGACAUGUGCUAGAGGGCAAUUCGAGGAUUUUAGGCACCAAAAACCCCGACACAUUACGGAUUACUGGAACCCUGGCUACAGUACUACGGCAUCAAGGCAAGUACGACGAAGCGGAGGUGAUGAGUAGGCGGGCACUAGACGGGUACGAGAGGAUUUUAGGCCCUGAUCACCCCGACACACUACGGGUU